GUUGACCACGCUCUCUCUUUGCUAGAUAUGCUCAAGAUAAAUCAAAUCUCGCUCAAGAAUAAAGCCCAAUUCUUAUUAUCGAAUUUUCAAAAUCCAAUACGUCUAGCUGUUCGCUCAUCCUCAGCUCUUCUACUGCGGCACCGCGCACGACUCUUGCUUGCGUUGCCAACGAGCCUACCUCUUCACCGGCGAGGGAUACUUGAACUCCAGAAGCGCAACAUGUCUACAAAGUCAGACCACCAGUCGCCCAAGAAACCGGCCAAGUCGCCUGUUGUUCCUAGGCCAAGCGCAAGCGUACUCUUAAUAUCCCCAACAAAUCAAAUCUUGCUCCUCCAUCGCGUAUCCAAAGCUUCUACCUUUGCUUCUGCACAUGUCUUUCCUGGUGGCGCAGUCUCAAAGACCCAUGAUGGCGAGAUGCCUGGUCCAGACCAUCCCGACAGGCAUCGAGAUGGACCCGCAUAUCGCAUGGCAGCCAUCCGCGAGACAUUUGAAGAAUGCGGUAUCGUUCUAGCCAAGAGCAAGAAGACUGGUAGACUAUUCACUGAAAUCAGCGACGAGGAAAGAGAGCAAGGGAGAAAGGCUGUUCAUAAUGGAGAGAUCAAGUUUGGGGACUUGUUGGAAAAAUGGGGAGCCGUACCCGACACUGAAUCACUGAUUCCCUUUACCCGCUGGGUCACGCCAGCGGUAACGCCCGAGAGCCUGCCCAAGCGCUUCACAACACAAAUGUAUAUCUACCUACUCCCUCUUGGCUCCGUAUCGCCAACCAAGCACGCUGCUCCCAGGGGCACACCACCCUCUUCGGGCCUGGAAGAAGAGGCCGAAAUCAUCAUCCCGAAGCCCAGGCACGACGGAGGCAUCGAACACACCGCCGCACGUUUCUUGCCGCCAAACAAAUGGAUAGAUCUCGCGCGACAGAACAGAAUCAUCUUGUUCCCCCCGCAAUUCUUCCUCACUCUCAUGCUCUCCCCGUAUCUAGCUUCGACCGUGACUUCGUCAUCUUCACCUACCCCUUCGCUAUCCGAACUCCAGGCCGAGCGCGAUAGGCUCCUUGAUUUCCUGCAGAAGCCGCGCAUCUACAAUGGCCAGCCUGAGGUUCCGUUCACGGAAGCUUGUAUCUCGCCUAUUGUCUUGGGCGAGGGUGAGUAUGGUGAGAGCAAGCAGGAUGGUAUUGGUGGCGUGGAUAAGAGCACGGCUGUGCUUGUUUUGGAUCGGCCGGGCAAAGAAGUGGAAGAGCAGGGACAGGGUAGGAGGGGGAUAAGGGAGUGGGUCAUCACUGCGAAGUUCAAGAAGGAGGGGCCGAGGGAUGUAGAUGUUAGGAGGAGGGAGGAGAUUCUUGGGAAGGAGGUCAAGGGGAAGUUGUAGGCGUAAGAUGAUAGUGUUGGAAGGAUAGUCGGGCUUCUCUGUUGUGAGUCUAUCAGGACAAAAUUUACACUUUGUUGAUACGAAAGAAUGCGGUACGUUAGUCAAUCAGAUGCAAGGCACGAUCCUUCGUCUUACUGUGGCG